CCCACAAGUCAGGGGGGCAGGGAGCUCCGCGGAGCUGUGGGAGGAGGGGGCCCCCGUCUGCACAGCACAGCUCGCGGGCAGAUACUUUCACUUCCCUUUUCGCCGCUUGGGCGGAGCCCUGUCUGGGUCAGUCGAAGAGCAGACUUCCUGCCAGGGCUCAGGCAGCCUCCCGGGCCCGGGCUGGGCCGACCGGAGGGCUCGGAGGCGCAGGCCGGGCUGGGGCGGGAAGAUGGCCGGUGCCAGGGAGCUCAGCUCCAGGAUGUCCAGAGAAAAUCAGAACAUAGAUGACAAGCUUAUCUACGAGACAGUAUUCAAUCACUUCAAAAGACAUAAAGUGGAGAUUUCAAGGGCAAUAAAAAAGGCAUUUCCUUUCCUUGAGGUACUUCGUGACCGUGAACUUAUCACCGAUAAAAUGUAUCAAGACUGUCAAGAUUCUUGUAGAAACCUGGUCCCUGUACCAAAAGUGGUGUACCAUGUUCUCAAUGAGCUGCAGAGCACAUUUGACGUAACACUUCUGGAAGCACUGUUCAGCGAGGUCAACAUGCAGGAAUAUCCUGAUUUAAAUUACAUUUAUAAAAGCUUCGAAAAAGUGAUUCAAGAGAAACUUAAUUGUGAAGGAAGUGACCAAGAAGAGAGGCAGGAGAGGCCUAAUAUCCAACUGAGACUUGAGCAAGGAUCUGGUGAAAGCUCAUAUCAAAGUCUGAUUUGGUCAUGCAGAGAGUCCUCAUCUUAUGAUGGUACAACUCCAUCUGAAAAUGGAUUCUUGGAGCACCUCCGUGGAACAGCACAGAUAAAUGCAAAGAGGAAAGAUACAACCAGCGACCAAAAUGAUGCACUAGAAAGCCAGCAAGCAAAUGAACAAUGUGCCCAGGAGUCUGAACCAGCAGAGUCUUAUGAACAAGUACCUGUCCAAUCAAAUAAUGGAGAUGCAGGAAAGGAGACGCCCAGCUCAUUGGCCUGUGAUGAAGAAAGAGCAAAGCUACCCAAUCAUGGAAUCCAAAUCAGUUCCUGUUCUGUCUGUCUGGUGGAUAUAAAGAAGGAAAAACCAUUUUUUAACUCAGAAGUUAAACGGAAAGCCCAAGCAAGCACCAAAUGUAACCAGACAUCUGACAUAAUAGUAAUCAGCAGUGAGGACUCUGCAGAAUCCAGUGAUGAAGAUGAGACCCCAGAAGCCUCCACAUCAGCACAGGCGAUUCCUGUGAUUGACUCUUCAGCGGACGAGGCGACCUUGGGAGCCUAUAGCUCAGCACUGGGAUGUGAUCCUGAUGAUGAGGAUUCUUCGGAUUUUGAAAAUACAUUUAUUUAUGGAAUAAGCAAUAGGAAAAGACGUUUCAGCGGUGUUGACACUUCAGAAUUGAAUAACGAAGAGCCUCGGGAAGCGUCUAGCUCAGUCCUAAGAAAUGGGUCAGAUACCAUGGAUACAAGAAGCAAUUCUACUUUGGGAAAAGACAGUGGGACAAGAAUGAGAAAGAGAGGCAGACGUAGAGUCCAAACUCUGAGUAACAGAGCUCCAAAGAAAAGAGGCAAACCAAGAGGGAGAAAAACCGUCAACUCUGGGCCUCUGAAAAGAGGCAGAAGAAGAGGUUCAAAGAUUCCCAGAGAAGCAAAUAUGGAUUUUCGACUUCCUGAACUUCCCGUGACUUGCGGUGAGGUUGAAGGGGUUUUAAAUAAGGAGAAAAUGAAAAAAGGAGUCUCCGAGAAGUGCGUACAGAGUAAGGAUGGAAGGCGGUUCACCCUCAGGGAAUUUGAAGUUGAAGGAAAACGCGCAGCAUCCAAGAACUGGAAGAUGAGUGUGCGCUGCGGUGGAUGGCCCCUAAAAUACUUGAUUGAGAGAGGAUUUUUACCAGAUCCAUCAAUAAAAAGAUAAAAGCCUUCCUGUGUCAGAAUCUCUGGCUUCAUAAAGAAAACUUUAAAGGUGUAACACACAGCCACUUCCUCCUGAACAUCACUGCAGACCAGAAUGUCUUCUGAAAUCUCCACUCACUUAUGAUAAAAACUCUU